UUGGCUGGCGACCAGUGCAACUUUUUCUCUUAAUAUUUUGACUUUAUUGUCAUUGUCUUCCUGUACAUUUUCUUCUUGUAAUGGUAUAACUUUAUUCCUGUAAUAUUUACAUUUUAUAGCCAUACUGACACUGUAACAUUUUCCGCCACCUAAUAAAAAAAAAAGGUACAACUCUACCUCCAACAAAUACCUGAAGGUGAUCUUGUAGGCGUGAUGUAACACCCCGCUGAUGCUAAAACUUAGCACGCCAACAGCAGCGCUCAGGUCCAACACGUGUUUCUCCGUCGCCGUCGCUCUCCAGAUUUUGGUGUCCGAACCCUGUCCCUCACGUCUCCUGUGCUGGAUUUAAUUUUCCGGGUUUUAAUUUGGACUCCAAAUCUGCAAAAGAAAACAAAGUUAAAAACGAAUAAAACACAAAGUGAGUCAAUUAAGAAGAGCAACGCAGAAGCGAUGAGAAACUCUCGUAUUGAGUGACUUGAUUUAUCCUCCAUGGAGUUCUCUGAGAUGUGCAACGAUAACAAUGUCACAUUGUGUGGCUCUUAAGUUCUACUACAAAUCCUUAAUUACAAAAAGCGGAUCAGAUGACUGGGGCAGCCAAUGGCGGCCUCUCCAGGGCAGCCUGGGGGGGCUUUGAUCAGGAAAAUCCAAUUAUUUGUGUAUAUACAUUUCCCACAUAGUGAUUACUUCAUUAAUUGUCCCGCCUUUAUCUCCUCCCUCCCCCGCCCCCCCUCUGCUAAUAAUCAUCUCCUUUCUCCCGCCACAAACACACCAAUAGGAGCUUUGUGGAUUCAAAGGAUCUGCUUGCCUCCCCUCAAAGAGCCGCCAUUCUUUGAUGAUUGGGCAGCGGCAAACUUCAAAGUCAUAAAUCUUAUUUCUGACUGGCUGGCGGCCCACCAAAGUGCUUAUCAAAUCCUCUGAAGUGAUCCGCCACCCCGUCAGAUAGUGCCAGGAGAUCUGGGAGAGAGGAAGCGUCGGAGGCUGGCUCCGUACACUUUUUUUUUUCUCCCCUGCCUCCCCUGCCGCCUUUGCUGGCAUUUCUAGACGUUAGAAGCGACUUUUUUGGGGCGUAUUUCUUCGUGUUUGCUGUCGCCGAGGCGGAGGAGGACCAUGGCGGCUGUGGCUGUGCUGCGGAACGAGACACUACACGCUUUUCUGCAGGACCGGACUCCCAACUCUUCUCCGGAGAACUGCAAGCACUCCCCGCUGGCUCUCUUGGCCGCCACCUGUAACCGAAUCGGGCACCACCACCACCACCACCAUCCGGCGUCCAGCCCCUCAGACUUCCUCCAGGUUCCCUACGACCCCACCACCCUGGGCUCCCCUUCGCGCUUGUUCCACCCGUGGACUAACGAGGGAAGCCCCCCGAGCAGCCUGGCCAGCAACUCCACUUUCGGACUAUCCUCCAAGCCGCAGCCGCUCGGCUCGUUCAGCUCCCCGCACGAGUUGCCCCUCACCCCGCCCGCAGACCCCGGCUACCCGUAUGAUUUCUCUCCGGUGAAGAUGCUUCCGUGCUCCAUGCAGUCCACGUGUCCGCCCACGUACGUGCCCGCGGUCAGCUACGCGGCGCCCACCCCCAUCCCGCCUGCCAUGCCCACUUUCGUCACGGGGCCCACGGGCCUUGUGCCCCAGCAGCAGAGACAGUUGUCCCCCAACCCGGCUGAGGACAUCCCGUGGUGGAGCCUCCAGCAGGGCAACCACGUCGCCCACCCGCACCGCUUCCAGCUCCAGCGAGGCCUGGUGCUGCACGGCCACACUGCGGACUUUGCGCAAUACCAGACGCAAAUCGCCGCCCUCCUGCACACCAAGUCCCCCCUGGCCACAGCGCGUCGCUGCCGGAGGUGCCGCUGCCCCAACUGCCAGUCGGCGUCCACUUCCGGGAGCGACGAGGCCGGCAAGAAGAAGCAGCACGUCUGCCACAUCCCAGGUUGCGGCAAAGUGUACGGCAAGACGUCGCACCUGAAGGCGCACCUGAGGUGGCACUCCGGGGAGAGGCCAUUCGUGUGCAACUGGCUCUUUUGCGGCAAAAGCUUCACACGCUCGGACGAGCUGCAGAGACACCUGAGGACUCACACCGGCGAGAAGCGCUUUGUGUGCCCGGACUGCUGCAAGAGGUUCAUGAGGAGCGAUCACCUCGCCAAGCACGUCAAGACGCACCAGAACAAGAGGACCAAGUGCUUGGACAAGACUGGGGAGCACGUCAAGAGGGAGGACUCCAGGAAUCACAUCAUGUGACAUUCGUGGCCAAAACAAACACUACAAAAAAAAAGUUCUUGGUGCAAUACUUUGAAAAGGUCCACGGUGAGAUAUCCUCUUCUCCAUUUGUCAUCUCUGCUGCAAGAGUCUGUGUUGUACUUCAACACAGUACUGUAUUUACACAGUACACAGUCUAUGAAUACAGUACAAGAGAGCAAGACAAGUUUUUGCAACUUGUGUUUUUUUGACGGUUGUCUUCGCUGGAAGAUGUUUGCCCUCCAUGUAAAUAAUAUUUAAUAGCUUUUGUUGAAUGAAAGUGUUCCCGAUUAAGGUUUUUGCUCCAUAUGGGGUGUUUUUAAAAGCAUGCUCUUGACAAGAUUUGCUAUUGUUGAUAUGACCCCGAUACAAUGUGAGAAUAAAGAAUAUAACAUUUAUUUACAUAUCUCGGGAUAAAUCUUCUAACUGUGGUCGCCAGUUCGGUGACAGGCGGGACUUGUGAGGUCGAUCAUAUCGUAAUCAGAAGUCAUAUCUUUCACUGAGGGGGAAAAAAAACCUCCAAAUGUAAUAUUUAGUGUCGUCACUGAAAGUGAAAAACUUAGCUGCAGUUCAUUUUUGUGGUACUUGAAUUUUAAUUAUUAUGUCACCGCCAACAGAUACAUCAUAUGUUUGCAUUGUGCUUGCAGACUUUACCCCCGUUUUAAUAUUUUUAGUCGUAACAUGUAGUAGUACGUAAUAUUUGCAAAUGUUCACACGCUAAUGCAAAAUUUUUGGGAUAACUCUUCUGACGUGUGUCCUGAUGUCCCGCCAGUCAAUCUGAGAAGUACAGUCGCCCUUCGCUUGUUCCCGCUUUGGAUUUUGCCACUUCACUUUAUCACAGUUUUUCUAUAAUAUUUGAACAAAUAAAUCAUGCUGUUUCAUGCUCACAAAAUAUUCAUAUUUUAGCAAAUUUUACAUCAUAUGGCUAAUUUUACAUAAAAAUGGCUAAAUGAAGUAAACACAUUCAAAGACAUUGUGAUGAUAUGUAGUCUACAUUGAUCACUAGGUGACAGGUUGCACAGUCCAGAAACAGGAAGUACAAAAAGAACAAUAACAACAAUGUGUUAUAUUAUAUUAUGUCUUAUUUAUGUCUUUCAUUUA